GGGAGACACUUAAAGGGCUGUCUCGCUAGGCGGUAGGGGGAUGUCCCCGCACUGACCGCCUUGGGCCCGCGCCCGCCCGCGUAAACGCGCCCGGCCCGACCGCGCGCCACCAUGUAAACGGCGCCCGCAGGCGGACGCCCGCUUCUCCACUCGGGACCCCUUUGCCCUGCCCCGGGCCCCAGGGCCCUCAAUGAGGACACACCAUGCUGACCGGGGUGACCGAUGGGAUCUUUUGCUGCCUGCUGGGCGCGCCACCCAAUGCUGUGGGGCCCCUGGAGAGUGUGGAGUCCAGUGAUGGCUACACCUUUGUGGAGGUCAAGCCUGGCCGCGUGCUGCGGGUGAAGCAUGCUGGACCCGCUCCGCUCCCCACCCCACCUCCACCACUGUCAGACGCCGCCCAGGGGGACCAAUCUGGCUUGGUCCACUGCCAGCGCAGAAUCACCGUGUACCGCAACGGGCGGUUACUGGUGGAGAACCUGGGCCGGGCACCACGAGCUGACCUCCUGCACGGGCAGAACGGCUCUGGGGAGCCACCAGCCGCCCUCGAGGUAGAGCUGGCUGACCCAGCGGGCAGCGAUAGCCGCUCGGGCCCAGGAAGUGCUGGGAGUGGCAGUGGUGGACGACGGCGGCGAGCCCGACGCCCCAAGCGGACCAUCCACAUUGACUGUGAGAAGCGCAUCACCAGCUGCAAGGGCACCCAGGCCGAUGUGGUGCUCUUUUUCAUCCACGGUGUCGGCGGUUCCCUGGCCAUCUGGAAGGAACAGCUGGACUUCUUUGUGCGCCUGGGCUACGAGGUGGUGGCGCCCGAUCUGGCUGGCCACGGGGCCAGCUCAGCGCCCCAGGUGGCCGCCGCCUACACCUUCUAUGCACUGGCAGAGGACAUGCGUGCCAUCUUCAAGCGCUAUGCCAAGAAGCGAAACGUGCUCAUUGGCCAUUCUUACGGUGUCUCCUUCUGCACGUUCCUGGCGCAUGAGUACCCAGACCUGGUGCACAAGAUGAUCAUGAUCAACGGCGGGGGCCCCACGGCACUGGAGCCCAGCUUCUGCUCCAUCUUCAACAUGCCCACGUGCGUCCUGCACUGCCUGUCACCCUGUCUGGCUUGGAGCUUCCUCAAGGCUGGCUUCGCCCGCCAAGGGGCCAAAGAGAAGCAGCUGCUGAAGGAGGGCAAUGCGUUCAAUGUGUCUUCCUUUGUGCUUCGGGCCAUGAUGAGUGGCCAGUACUGGCCCGAGGGCGACGAGGUCUACCAUGCCGAGCUCACCGUGCCCGUCCUGCUUGUCCAUGGCAUGCACGACAAGUUUGUGCCGGUGGAGGAAGACCAGCGCAUGGCUGAGAUCCUGCUCCUGGCCUUCCUGAAGCUCAUCGAUGAAGGCAGCCACAUGGUGAUGCUGGAGUGUCCGGAAACGGUCAACACGCUGCUCCACGAAUUCCUGCUCUGGGAGCCCGAGCCCUCGCCCAAGGCCCUGCCCGAGCCCCUGCCCACGCCCCCAGAGGAAAAGAAGUAGCCGCUGAGCUGGCAGGGUAGUGCUUAGUGAGCCGAGGAGCCUGAGGAGGGGCCCGGAGCCGGAGUUGGGUCUGCCGCGCGGACCACCUGGGCGGGCCGUUCGCUCCAGCGGGCGGGGUCAGGUCAGGGAGACGCCCCCCAGGCCGGCUGGGCAGGACGUGGCGUUCGUGGGAGCCAGGUGGACACACCGCUCUCUGCUAGUCCUGCGGGACCCAUCGGUUUUUCGGGGCCAUAGCCGGGACCCCCGCGGAGGAUGACCUUGUACAGAAGCCCCCUACCCCAAAAUGCCAGGGCCGAGGCAGGCCACCACCCCGCUCUCUGUCUUCCGUGUUCGCCGUGCUUGAUCCUGGGACCCACGAGCCCCGCAGGGACCCUCGAGACCCCGCCCCAAUGCCCGAGACCCCUUACCACCCCCCAUUCCUCGGCGCUGGGAGCUAUUGUGGCCCAAGGAGGGAGGGUUUGGGAGGGGGCUGGCACCACCGAACCCGCACAUCUCAACUUGUAACUCAAUAAAAAGAAGUGACAAUCUGA